AUACUAUUUUAAUAGUACCGUAGCUACGGAGUAGUGGUACCUACCGGUACGGAGUAUUAUGGCUGGUACCGCAGCAGUGAGUUGCAGCUGGAGUUUCAUCUUUUGGUUGCUAGCUAGCUGCUCUACUAGCAAUCUAACCACGUCGCGCAGCACCUAAAAACUGGCCUUUCCAAAGCACAUGAGCCUAUUCUCAGUUGCCACGAACCUUCGAUUGACUCCCACGGAGGAAGAACGUGCCAAAAAGACCACGUGGCGAGACGUGCUGGGAGUUUUUGUUUUAGGCUCCAAGCAAGAUGCAGCAGGAAACCAUCAAGAGCGAUGGGUCAUCCCAACUCUGGGCUCACAAUAAACCAACAAACACAAAACUAUACCUAUCAAGCAGCCAUCAUGAUCGCCACCAAGAUGCAAAAAAUGGCCCUCAGCGGUGCCAGCCGCUCUGCUCUGGCCAAUCCGUUCUUUCUCAAAGCAAGCACGAAAGUUGCACCGACUUUGUCCAUUGCCUUGCAACAUCCAGUUCGUCACUUUUCUGGUACUGAAAAUGUAAAACACAACAACAGCAGCGCUGCGACGUUGAGCAACCAUGCUCAUGCCUUUUCGUCAAUGGCUGCGAUGCCCCGAGGCAGUCUCGAGAAGCCACUUCAAGUUCUAGACAUGGCCACGGUUCGAAAAAUCAAGUCAGAGCUGAUGGAAGUCGAUGCAAACUCUGAUGGCAGAAUCGACGCUGAAGAGCUCAAGGCACUACUCAGGAAGCAUGCGGCCGCUUUUACCGAUGCUGAAAUUGUGGAGAUUGGAGACCUGUACUAUGCUUCCAAGGCUGGAGACUCGGUCUCGUUCAAUAGAUUCAUUGAAGCUAUCGACCAUGCCGCCGCAGCUGCAGUGGAUGCCGACAAGCUGAGCAAGUUUGAUGAAAAGAUAGAUCACUUCAAAGAGGGCGGCCGCCAUCCAUUGGGUGUUGGUUCGUGCGGUGUGGAGUUUUUGCACACCACCAGGUCCCAUCAUGGUCACUACACGCCUGAGGAGCUGGAUGUCAACCUGACUCACACUCCUCCCAAGGACCUUCGCGACAAACUGGCCUUUAACAGCGUCAAGCUGAUGAGGAAAUGGUUUGAUUUGUUCACGGGCUGGAAGAACGACAACAUUACAGUGAACAACAUUCUGAACCGUGUCAUCUAUCUGGAGACAGUUGCAGCGGUGCCAGGAAUGGUGGCCGCCAUUGUGCGCCAUUUCCGCUCGCUGAGGACUAUGAAAGCCGAUGGCGGAUACAUGCAACUCUUUUUGGAAGAGGCCAACAAUGAACGCAUGCACCUGUUGACGUUUGUCCGCAUGAAGGACCCCAACAUGCUCUUUCGUGCCGCCGUUGUGUUGGGCCAGUUUGGCUUUGGGGCUGCCUUUUUGACGGCUUACACCAUCAGCCCAGCCUUUUGCCACCGCUUCGUGGGCUACGUGGAAGAGGAAGCCUGCAGCACCUACACCAAGAUUAUCAAGGCGAUUGAAAGCGCCCCCGAGGGCACGGAACUUGCCCAGUGGAGGACAGAAGCUCCUCCCAAGAUUGCCAGGGCCUACUGGAAGCUUCACGAUGGCACUGUGUUGGACUUGAUGUAUGCCGUGCGUGCCGACGAAGCCGAGCACCGUGAUGUGAAUCAUCUGAUGAGUGGUGUGAAGGAGGGCCAGAUCAAUCCAUUGUAUGAUCCCGAAGCCAAGUUGGAUACGAUGCUGGCCAAGUACGUGUCGGAUCUGAUGAAGCGUGGAAAGGAGUAGUAAGGACACGGAGAUGACUGCAUUCCUUCUUGUUUGAGAAUGCAGAAUGCAACCAAAGCAAAAACCAACGAACCGCCAUGUAACGAAAGAAACACUCUUUCCCCAGUAUUCACCUUUGAUCUGUGGCAACAUCCAUCAUUUUUGAGAAAGAUUAAGUGCAUGUACCGCCACAUAAACAUAUAGCACACGUAUAAACCA